AGCCAUAUGGAGCCACCGGAUGAUGGCUUUUACUCAGAACAGACGAUGAGAAUAUUUUAAUUAUUUUUGGGAAGUUACCCCGUAAUUUCUUCGUCAGUUUACAUUUAAUUUCCAUUGUCGGAUCAUUACAGGAAAUCUGGCAUUAGCAAUGGCAUCUGGAGAAAAGAAAAUGGUUUUACAUAUGAGUAUUGCUGCUCAUCAACUUUUAUCAAAGUUACUUCGACCAAAGUUAUCUGGUCAUGACUGGAGAAGCCUUGCUGAUUGUAUGGGAUUUACAUAUGAAGAUAUUCUUGACCUUGAAUGUGAUAUGGAUCCUGUUGUUUCUAUUAUUCCAAUGGGAAAAGCAAGAGGUGCCACAGUGGAAAAAUUGUUACUUUUUCUAGAGAAAAUUGAGCGACCUGAUGUUAUUGAAGACUUAGAACCGUUUAUAGAAUCUACUUUACCAUCAGAGUACAGAAAAUCAGAUAUCAAAGAAAGAAGGUUAUCUCUAGAACUAGAGCGAUUAACCGUUUCAGAUGAAAUAUUUGAUGCAUUUAUCUGCUACGCAAAAGAAGAUAGAAGUUUUGCGUAUAAAAUAUUAACAACGUUAGAAUCGCCGCCUUUUUGUCGUAAAAUCUGUAUUGAUUAUCGUGACUAUGUUCCAGGAAACUGCAGGAUUGAUCAAACUGCAAAAAUCAUUGAACAUAGGUGCAUACGUUUAAUUGCUAUUUUGUCACCAAACUUCACCAGUUCAUCAAGCGCUGGAUUUCAAGUGAGAAUUGCUUUAAAUCUUUCGCCAGAUUUUCAACAACGUCGUGUUAUUCCAAUACUUUAUGAAGAAUGUGAGAUACCAGAAAUUUUAAGGCCUAUCUAUUAUUUAAAUUAUAAAGAUUUGGACGACUGUGAACGUCCACAUUUUUGGAAAAGACUUGCUUCCUCACUUGGGUAUGUUCCAAAGGGAAGUCCUCAAGUUCAGCUUAAAGGCCAUAGAAGUCCUUACAAUAGUCCAAGUGGAAGUCCACAAAAUUUGAGGAAAAUUAACGAUACAUCAUUAACAGAUAAAAAUGACAGAAAUAAAUCUUCCAAGGAAAAGAAAGAACGUUCCUUUAAUGACAAACACAAAUUACGUGGUUUCAAUUUACUGAAAUCAAGAAAAUGUCAAUAGUACAGCGGCGUGCAUGAAACGAAAUGAUUUUCGCUUGCUCACAGUCUCAUCCAAAGGCAAAGAUGUCGACACAAGAUGUCUCUUCUCUGUCUUCCUCUCUACUGCUGUUAAUCGCAAUGGGAUCUUUGUUAAUAAAUUUAGUAAAACAUGAACGGUAGACGACCAAAACUGUACUAAAUUGGAAAUAUAUUAAAAUAAAUAGGUUUUUAGCAUGCAUCAUGCAUGUUUGAAAAA